ACACGACUGCUCCCGAGACCUGUCCGGAGGAACCAAAAUGGACUUCCGGAGUGAGAAAACCGACGAUCCGGACCACAAUGGCAAGAUCACCGUCCAGCUGCUAAAAAGCCGGACGGGAGAAUUCGAUCUCGAGUCCAUUCUGCUGUUAAAGCUGCGAGGUCUCGGGAUUCUGGAACUGGGCUGCCUUGGCGAGUGUGCCAGCUUAGAGUGGCUCGACCUGUCGGGCAACAGCCUGACCCACUUGGCCCCCCUGGCCUCGCUCAAAGCAUUGACCGUGCUCAACGUCUCUGCUAACCGUAUCUCAAACCUGGAACCACUGAGCGGCUGCGAGAGUCUGCAGAGUCUCAAUGCAUCCGGCAACCAGUUGCGCAGCCUACAACAGCUACAGUGCCUGGCCGGGUUGCGGCAUCUGGACAACGUGCGCUUCCACAAUGGCCCGGCCCGGCUCAGCAACCCCUUCUGCGCUGCCGCCGGCUACCCGGGAAUCCUGGCAGAAAUGUUUCCACGGGUUAAAGUGAUCGAUGGUGAACGGGUAUCCGGACGGGGUAGCGAGCUCUACCAGCUGUGCAAGGAUCUGGAUCGCUCACUGCAGCGUUGCAGCAACGGCGGAGGUCUUGCCGAGACGGCCAGCCGGGCCCAGCCCUGGAUGGAAGAGGGCUACUGGGAGGUCCAACCGGCCAGGAGAAGCUCCAUCGUGGAGGAAGCCUAUAAGCAGUUUAGCGAGGCUUUGCUGGAGUGCCGGGAGUUGAGUAAGCAGGCUGACCACAGCAUCGGCCAGGCUGAGCGGGUGCUCGGUGUAGGGCGUCCCGACGCCAACUCGUACCUCUUUUGAGGCUGCCGGAUGCUGAGUGUCAGAUGCGCUGGGGAAGGGUUCUACGCUAUGGCCAACUCUCUAUGGCCAACUAGCCAUGGGUUAGGGCUCAGGUUAGGGUUAGUCUCCUCAACCAAUUCAUCACAACCAACUCAAAACAGCCAACUUGCCAUGGUCAACCCUCUUUGGCCAACUCACCACAACCAGCCAUGCCCAACUCACCACACAAACUCGCCCGGCCCAACUCACCAUGGCCAACUUACCGCAACUAACUAGUCAUUGUCAACUCUCUAUGGCCAACUCGCCAUGGGACAAGAGUUACACAAAUACCAAAGAAAUGGUGGAACAGAAUGCUUCAUGAAAGGCUGCCGAAGGAGGAACAGAACGAAAUGGGAAGGCCAACGAUUAAAAUAAUUUUCAGAUUUUUAAAUUCUUCAAAAUAAUUGCAUUGUUGAAUUGUCCUGCAGCUAGUUGGUCACGCCAAGUAAGCUUAUGGCAUGUUGGGCAUGGCAAGUUAACGCCCCCACCCUGCAAAAAAGGGAGAAGGUCCCUUACCAAACCGUUGCUCUUUCUGCCUGCGUUGGGGGGAACCUGCCAAGACAUCCGUUUUUUCCCCCAAGGGCAGCGGUCACUUCGGUUUGGGUGCAUGGUGGCCUUUCUCUGUGUGUAUAUGUAGGCACUGGCUGGCCUGCUCCGAAUAGCCCCCUCCCCCAAUGCUGCUUAACAAGAUAACCACAAUUCUUUGUCCCAGACUAAUCCCAGCUUUCCCCCUUAAGCAAGCAUUAUGAAUCUCGGCCUGGCUGGCGCAGCUGCUUCUGCUUUUUUCUGCGGGUUGGGUGGAUCAAGCUAGAAAUCUGACAAAGUGGA